UACCGCCCCUCCCGCGGUGCAUGCCGGUCCGGUCAGAAUGCCCAAGAUGGCGGCGGUGACACGAGAUUUCAUCACAUAGCGGCACAGUUUGGCUUCCCUUCGCACGCCGACACACGACCAUGGAGUCUUACAUCAAGAAGAAGAUAUUAAAGCACCUUUCCAAGUUUACUAAAGGCUUGUCUGUGGAUAAGAUCUCCCUGAGCACACUAAAAGGAGAGGGGGAGCUGGCCAACCUGGAGCUAGAUGAGAUCGUGCUUCAGGACGUGCUGGAUCUGCCGACUUGGGUCACCAUCAAGAAAGCCACGUGUAACAAGGUCGCCAUCAAGAUCCAGUGGACAAAACUGAAGACCCACCCAAUAUGCCUGUACAUGGACCAGAUCGACAUUGAGAUGGAAACAUGUGAUGAACCCAGGGCACCCAACAACCCCUCACCUUUCAUGAGCCAGGGAGGUGACACGAAGUACGGUUUUGCAGAGAAGGUGGUGGAUGGGAUGUCUCUGACGAUCAACUCCGUCACCAUCCGCUUCAUCUCUCACGCCUUCCACGCAUCCUUCCAGCUGUCGAGAAUACGAGCCCGCAGUACCACUCCUCAGUGGCAGGUGGCCGACCUUCGUAUGACCCGGAUCAAGGACACGGAGAGGGGGAUGGUGCUCACUUUCAAGGAGAUUGACUGGCAGACCCUGCGGAUCGAGGCUGACGCUGUGAAGACGGAGAAGACAAACUACGUCUCCACUCCUGUCCGCCUCAUCACCAACCAGUCCCGCAUCAGGAUCGUCAUCAAGAAACAGCUGCAUGACUGCAGUGUUGUGUCCUCCAAGCUGCACCUGAUCCUGGACGACCUGUUGUGGGUUCUGACGGACAGCCAGCUGAAGGCCAUGGCCUCCUACAUGCAGUCUCUCAGCAAGCUCAUCAGGAAGUCAACGGAACAGAACAAGAGAGAUGCCUCAUCCCAGCCUUCACCACCCUCUCCGCAGCACCAUGCGUCCCAGCGCCCCCAGGCAGCCGCGGGGGGUACUGCACCCCGGAACCCCCAGCUGGAGGCCGUCAGCAAGUUCUUCAGCAAAUACGACAUGGUGGAGACGUCGUACCACAUCUUCACGCGCCGACUAGACCUGCACCUGUGUGACGACACCAACCCCAUGGAGCAAGGAAAAAGGGACCGGUUGCACUGGUGGCAAGUCUACAGUCCGUCCGAGCAAGAAAAGUUUAACAGAAGAACGGACGGCGGGGCCAUGCAGAUCACCCUCCACAGGCUGAUGCUGGAUUACUACCCAUACCAUUUUGUCGGCAUGAAUAAGAAGCACUGGUUCCGCCACAAUGAGUGCAUGGACGCGCGGGACCAAUGGGCGGAGCUGCUGCUCGCAGAGUUCAAGCACCAACUCAAGGAGUGGAAAAAAGCCACUGCAGAUGCUGCUGAGGGUCAGGAGUCAAAGGACGGAGGUCAGGAGGAGGUCAGAGGUCAGCAGCCUGGGGCGAGGGGUCACAAGCCUCGUCCUAAGCUGAUGAGUAGUGGGAUCGUCUUUAGACUGGAGGACUUUGAACUGUACCAAGUGAGCACCUCUGACACCAGACACUCCACCCCCAAGAAGUUUUUCUCGUCAGACAAGAAGGCUCUGUACCUGCCACAAGAGAUGUCAGCUGUACACCUGGAGUACACGGAGUACUACUUUCCUGAGGGAGUCGAUCAUCCAGUUCCGUCCCCGAACAUCUACGGCCAGGUCAACGCUAUCCAGCUCACCCUGGACUACAUGACUGUCCUGUGGGCCAACCAGUUCCUGCUCAACGUGGCACAGAGCAUGGCUGCUGCACCGAUGGACCGUCAGGAGUCUGUGGAAGAGCCGGCCUCAGCCUCCCUACAUGUGGACAUCAGGCUGGAGAUACUCAUGCCAAAGAUCUCCCUGCCUGCGGAGAAGCCCGUCCCAGACCAGCCUGACCGCCCCCAGUCGCUGGUGGUGCAGAGUUCGCGCACCGUGCUGAUGUUUGUUUGUUUGUUUGUUUGUUUAUUUAGAUCUCCUUGCCUGGAGAAGCCCGUCCCAGACCAGCCUGACCGUCCCCAGUCCCUGGUAGUUCAAAGUUCGCGUACCGUGCUGACCAACUCGCGGGUCGGAACCAACUGCACGCGGGAGGACCUGAAGGCCGUGCUGGAAAACUUCUCGGCUUCCGUGCUGUUCAGGGACGAGGAGAGGUUUCCUAAUAAGGACGGAGACUUCCAACAGGUGUGCAAUGAAUUCUGGGACGAGGCAAUGCAUGAUGGGAUAUCGUUCGACACCUCCGCUGCGCGGCCGCCGCCCAUCGGGAGCACGAACUCUCAGGCCAACGUCCUGCGGGGUGAAAGGUCAAAGGACGUGUGGCUGAUGUACUUUGAGCAGUUUUGGGUUGACUUUGGAGACGUUGCGAGCGCCAAGGGUCGACCUCUGCCCUUUAUCGACGCUGUUCCGCUGCACUUGUGGAUUUGUAAACCGCUUCAAGGUCAUAGCGAUCCGUCACAAACGGAAGAGAAAGGGGACACUAUCGGAGCGGUUUCAUCUGCCCCAUCUCAGGUCAGGGGUCAUAGAACCCCCCAAUCACAGCGCAGGAGACAUCAGUCAGGAGAAACCGACCAAUCACAGCACAGGAGACAUCAGCAUGCAGAGGCUGACCAAUCAAAGCACAGGAGGCAUCAGCAUGGUGAAGCCGACCAAUCGCAGCACAGGAGACAUCAACAUAAGGAAGCUGACCAAUCACAGCAUAGGAGACAUCGGGCCGACCAGAGGCCCUUAUCUAGCAGCCAAUCAGGGAUAAAGUCCUAUCAGAGCGACCAAUCAAUGAAAAGGCCACAUCAUAGCAACCAAUCAGGAUCAUCAAAGUCAUACCAGAGGACUCAGUCCGAGCCCAGAGGUCACUCGCUGCGGCACGACGAGCGUGGCUCUCAUCGCAACAUGCAAAAGAGCAGCAGCCAUUUUACCGAACACAGUACUAAAGACCGCCACAAAAGGGAGGCUGUGCACAAACACGAACAGGGUAGUAGCGAUAGACACCUCCAACACUCGAGACACGAAAAACACGAGGAGGAAGCUCGUGACGAGAAGCGCAAGAGACUGAUGGAAUACUACCGCGGGUCGAACGGCGGCCGCAAGGAGAAGUCUCCUGGGUCGGAGGAGGACGAACUUGUGCGAGAGAUGUUCAGCAACCAGCCUCCGUCAAAGAGACUCAGUUCCACCUUCAAGACCAAGUCGCUCUCGGACAGCGACUCGAGCCCUGACCAGGAGAACGUGUUCAUGAACGGGCCGGUUGGACAGAAGGGGGGAGCCGACGCGGCGGCGGCAGUGCAACAGGCGGCGGUGGUGGGGGGGGUAUUUUCAGUGGCCGAGAUUCCGGCCUUCCGCGAGAGGGACAGGCCGCUGGAAAGGCCUCCGGUUACGCAUCAUCGCGUGAUCCCUGAGGAAAGGCCCUUUCAACAGGAGUGGGAGACGACGAGACAGUCGCGGCCGAUGCUCUCGCGGGAACGCUCCCUGUCGAGUCCCGAGCUGGACAAGGCCUCGGCUUUCGAGCGGAUGCUUCGCGGUAAGUCGAUAAGCGUGGACGAAGUCUUGUCCUCGGACGACCCGAUGGACUUUGACCCGGGUGCGGAGUUCGGCCGAACGGAGGCUGACUCGCACAUGUUGCUGCACACGCCAUCGAAGGUCUGUGGAGUGGUGACCCACGACCAGUACCUGUUCCUGCUGCGGCUGCAGGAGUCCAUUGCACAGCUGCAGGACUGCAUGGAGGAGGAUGCAGUCGCCAUUAGGGGGCGGCCGUCCGAUGUUUCCAGCUCCUGCAUCGCUGGAUGCUGUCGCCAGGUGGAGCUGUCACUCAUUCUCCCUGCCCCUCCGGAGGGGACGAGGGGUGCGGGCAGCGUGGCCGGGAGCGCGCAGGAUGUCACGGGGUCACAGCGGAGAAGUUCGCUACAAACGGACACGCUCAUGGUGCCGGGGUCAACGACCCCGCGUACAACGUCGCCAUCGCCGGUGGACAGCGGUAUCGCGGAGAGCACGGCGGGAAACAAUCACGUGGCGAAGUCGCAGAGCGACACGGCGCUCAUGAGCCUUUCGUCUGACGAGGAAAAUAACGGGGGGGAAAACUCCAGGAAGAAAAGGAACCUUUCCUCCGGGGAGAGGCCUAAAAGUUUCGCGGGGGACGACGUGACGACGUUACGCAAGUCGCCGUCGAGAGACGGCGCUGACAGCGGCAGGGGGAGCGGGAACGUAGCGGAUUCAGCCAAUGAGAGACAAGAAAGCAUAAAAAUGGAUCAACCACAGCAGGACAGGGGAGCAGUGAGUGCAAUGCCAACCAAGCAGGUGCCAAAACUGACCGUUUCUGACGGAACCAAGGAAGUGGCGAAGGACAGCCCUCUCUUCGAGAAGAAGUUCGGCAAGUUCAGCGACUUCUCUGCGGCUAACAUCGCCGCCCAGCUUCGCAUCGGCCUCCUGUCGCAGUCUCAGCUCUCGCUCGACGAGAUGUCCCUCGACAACUUCUCGCUGGACAACAUGUCCUUGGACAGCUCGGAUAGUGGAGACCCGUAUGUCCUGGCAGGGACUGAAAUGUCCACGCUGUCGGUCGACACCCUCUCCAUCUCCUCCCAGCGGGACCCGUACGUCCUGGCAGGGACGGAAAUGUCCACACUGUCGGUCGACACCCUCUCCAUCUCCUCCCAGCGGGACCCGUACGUCCUGGCAGGGACCGAAAUGUUCACACUGUCGGUCGACACCCUCUCCAUCUCUUCCCAGCACGGACAGUGGGGACGCAUAUAUCCUGUCAGAGACAGAUGUGUCCACACUGUCGGUGGAUACCAUCUCCUUGUCUGUGAGGGGAGCAGGAGCGCCCCCGUCAGCCACCAGUCGUCGUUCGAGCGCGGUGGCGAUGCAGAACCGACCAGACAAGCUUCGCUGGAGGACGGCAGGGACGGACGGCCUACUGCCCUGUCAGGUGAGGGAGAGGGUGGGACCAGACCUAAGAAGGUGACGCUUGAGUACUGCGACAGCGAGAGUUCCACAGAGGAGGUCUCACAGAGCGCAGGAGGCAGUUCUGCAACCUUAGAGGACGCCAAGAACAGAAAAACUGCCACCGUGCUGGUACUGCACCUGUCUGAUAUAGGGCUGGAGUUGUCCAACCACCAGCGAGACAACUUCACCAAACUGCAGGGGCAGGAAAUAACCUUCGAGGAGAGGAGAGAGGUCGACGUGCAGGAAUUCCUCGCAAAAAUCAGCCAGAGAAAGAGGCAUCGACGUCACAUCAAAUUCAGGACGAUGUUUCCGACAGAGGACAGCCCUUCCCGGAGGAGAAGGGGAAAGAAAGACGUGCCCCUGCCCCCUCCGACGGACGCCUUUCCGCAUGUGUCUGCUCGCCUGGAGAGCGGGCCGCACGCAGCGCGGUAUUCUCCCAACGCCCCCAAGCUGGGUCACCUGGAACUGCAGCUGCAGGGCGCGGCCGGGGUCGUUACCAUGUCAACGCUGACAGGGGUUGCGAGCCUGAUCGAGGAUGAGAUUCUCACCACCCCCAUGCCGAUGAGAGUGGAUUUCGUCGAUUCGCAGUUAAGCCUUGUGAUCAAGCUUUUCCUACCUUUGGACGACGGCCCUCCCCUUAACCCUGGUUCUCCCGGGACUGUCCCUCUGGACAUCCACGUGGACCGCGCCACUGUGGUACGGAGGGAGGACGGAAUAUUCCAUCUCACCUGUUUGGCGCCCUCCCCACGGCCGGAUGUUAGUUUAUCUGUGAGACCGACAGAGUACACACAGGCUGGUGCAGGCAGAUCAGGGCUACAGGCAGGAGGGUCAGGGGUCACACAGAUAUCAGCGCUCAAGGAGGAAAACGAGCAACUCCAGAGGGAGUUGGCGCGGCUGAGGGAACAGCAGAAGGCCAGCAUGACGUCACAGCUGCUGUCGGAGAACCUGUGCCUCCAGGGGGAGAAGCAGCAGCUGAGGGAAGAGCUGCUGGAUACCCAGCAUGCCCUGCAGGAGGCGGAACAGGAGCGGGCGACCUUGCUGCGGACGCUCGAGCACGUGCAGAAGGAAAUGCUGGAGUCGGACCGCGAGAAGAACUUCCUCAGAGAUCAGCUCGAGAGGAGAAGUCCAAGGAAGUGACGUGUGCCCCCUCCCCACCCCACAGCGCCCCCCUCCCCACCCCACAGCGCCCCCCUCCCACACCA